UGCUCGUUUGCCUCAUGAAAUUCUACUACUUCAUCCUUGGAAAUUUAAUAGAAAAAUUUGGGUCUUGGGAAGAAUUUCUCGCUUCAAUCUUGUAGUUAUAAGAGUAGUUAUUGUUCUUUAGGAUUUGUUUAUCAUAUUUUUCAUUUCAUUUCACUUCAAUAAAGAAAGUUUACUCUUUAUAUUCCAAUUAAAUUUCAGCUCAAUAGAUAUCAAUUAGCAUAUGUUAGACGUAUUUGUCAAAUUAGCUAUUAGGGGAACAUGUUCACAAUAAGGUAAUAACUAGUUGUUAGUAAAUUAAUUUUUUAAAAUGGCAAUUUAAAUAAUUGUAUUAUGUAGUGUUUGGGUCCAAUUUAGUCUAAUUGGGUCUAGUCCAUAAAUGAUUAAAUUAAAAGUCCAAGGUCAAAGGUUCAUCUCUCCAAUCAUCAUUGCCAAGUCAAAGUCAAGUCAAGGUCCGGUCAACAUAGUAAGCCCAUUUGGCUUUGGGCCCAUCUCUUCUAUUGUGCAAAGGUAUAAAAGCCGUCAAUUGUGCCAUUUUACAUUCAUUCACAAAAGCUUCAAGCAAUUAAUUCUCUUGCAUAAUUUUCUCUCUCUACACAUUAUACUGACUUCGGCGUCGGAGGGGUCUUCCUCGGCCCGACAUUAUUUGAAUCGAGUCAGUCUUCAGCCACUGCAAAGAACCUUCGGCAAGGUCCUAUUAUUUUCACCCGAAACACGUAUUAUUUUGAAUCACAAGUUAAAAUAUUGAAAGAAUUUUCAGAUGUCGGAUUACGCCGUACAAUAUUGUUUAUGGUUAUAAGUCCUUAUAACUCUAAGAGCCCCCUCUCCCCAAAAAAAAAAAAAAAAAAAAAAAAAAAAAAAAAAAAAACAGAUUUGAAACACAUUUUCCCACGAAAUUUACAAAUACAAAAAAAUACAAAAAUGAAAACCAAAUAAUAUCUCCCCGCCACAUUUAACGGUCAAAAGACAAUGUCAGCAACCUCAAACUACUACUCCUCAAUCCUCAAAAAAUGUUGCGAAACUCUAAACUUUAAACUUGUAAAGAAGCUUCACUGCUUCAUCAUCAAAAUCCAGAAAUACCCAGAUACUUUUCUAUCAAACAAUCUUAUCAGCACAUACAAUCACUUCGGAAAUUUAGUUUAUGCACGCCAUGUGUUCGAUCAAAUGCCUCAACCAAACCCCUUUUCUUGGAACAUUCUAUUAUCGGCUUAUUCCAAGGCGGGCCGUCUUGUCGAAAUGCUGGAGUUCUUUCAUUCUAUUCCAAUAAAAGAUGGUAUUACAUGGAAUGCUUUUAUUUCAGGUUAUGCUAAUUGUGGGAAAUUUAAUUGUGCUGUGAUGGGUUAUAGGACUAUGUUGGAGGAGGGUACUAUGAACUUAAAUAGGAUAACGUUUUCGACGAUGCUUAUAUUGUCGUCGAAUAUGGAUUGUGUUGAUUUGGGUAGGCAGCUUCAUGGGCAGAUUGUGAAGUGUGGGUUUCUUUCUUAUAUGUUUGUGGCUAAUCCGUUGGUUGAUAUGUAUUCCAAGUUGGGAUUUGUUCGUGAUGCACAACAGGUUUUUGAGGAGGCACCGGAGAGGAAUUUGGUGAUGUAUAAUACUAUGAUUGCAGGGUUUUCGCGUCUUGGGAUGUUUGAUGAGUCAUGGUGUUUGUUGCAUAGUAUGCCAUAUAAAGAUUCAAUUACAUGGACAACUAUGAUAACAGGACUUACUCAAAAUGGAUUUGACAGGGAAGCUGUUGUUUUGAUGAGAAAGAUGCGAGAGGAAGGUUUUGCCAUGGACCAGUUUACUUUUGGAAGUGUCUUAGCUGCUUGUGGGAGAAUGGGAUUCUUGAAAGAAGGGAAAGAACUUCAUACUUAUAUAAUACGAACAGGAUAUCAAGGGAACGUAUUUGUUGGCAGUGCUCUCAUUGACAUGUAUUGCAAGUGUAAUUACAUACAGUAUGCAAGGACAGUUUUCGAGAGAAUGACACACAAAAAUACUGUCUCAUGGACUGCAAUGCUAGUGGGUUAUAGUCAGAGUGGUCUGUCGGAGGAAGCUAUUAAAACUUUCCUCGAGAUGCAAAAGAACUCAAUUGAACCAGAUGACAUUACGUUAGGAAGUGUUGUUAGUUCGUGUGCUGAUUUAUCUUGUUUGGAAGAGGGUGUUCAAUUUCACAAUCAAGCUUUAUUGUCUGGUUUAAUAUCCUUUGUUGCUGUCUCUAAUGCACUCAUUACCUUGUACGGAAGAUGUGGAAGUAUUGAAGAUUCCUUAAAGUUGUUUAAAGAGAUGAAUGUGAGGGAUGAAAUCACCUGGACUGCAUUAAUUUCUGGAUAUGCUCAAUUUGGAAAGGCCCGUGAAACAAUGCAUUUUUUUGAGGAAAUGCUUUCUCAUGGACUUAAGCCCGAUGAAGCUACUUUUGUCGGUGUUCUCUCAGCAUGUAGCAGAGCAGGUCUAGUAGAAGAAGGAAAACAGUAUUUUGACUUGAUGGUGAAAAAACAUGGUGUAGCUGCAACUCCUGAUCACUAUACUUGCAUGAUUGAUCUUUUCAGUCGUGCUGGGAGGUUAGAAGAAGCCAAAAGUUUUAUUUCUGAAAUGCCUUACAUCCCUGAUGCAAUUGCUUGGGGUACAGUCCUGAGUUCAUGUAGAGUCUAUGGGAACAUGGAAAUUGCAAAUUGGGCUGCCGAUUCUCUAUUUGAACUAGACCCUCAACACCCUGCAGGUUAUGUCUUGCUUUCCAGCCUAUAUGCUGCUGAAGGGAAAUGGGAACAUGUUGCUCAGUUGAGGAAGGGAAUGAGAGAUAGAGGCAUAAGGAAAGAGCCUGGUUAUAGUUGGAUUAAGUUUAAAAAUAAAGUACAUGUAUUCUCUGCUGACGAUCAGUCCAGCCCGUAUUUGGACCAGAUAUAUGCUGAGAUGGAAAAGUUGAACCUGAAGAUGAUUGAGGAAGGUUAUAAACCUGAUUUGAGCUCUGUUCUUCACGAUGUUGAGGAUUCUGAAAAGAUGCGAAUACUAAAGCAUCACAGUGAGAGACUUGCAAUUGUUUUCGGCUUGAUGUUUGUACCGCCUGGCCUCCCUAUUAGAGUGGUUAAGAAUCUUAGGGUUUGUGGUGAUUGCCACACUGCGACAAAGUUCAUAUCUAAAAUUACACAGAGAGAAAUACUUGUAAGAGAUUCUGUCCGCUUUCAUUUAUUCAAGAAUGGAACUUGUUCGUGUGGAGAUUUUUGGUGAACUCUGUUAUCAAGUAUGAUAGUGAGGAUAUUGAGCGCUUUACUUGGUUUCUUACAUCUUUAUUGUGAAGUCUUUGCACCUGUGGGGACAAUGCAAUGAGGAAAAGGUUAUAUGAACAGCCUAGUUCAGGUAACAGUCUGAAGCAUUUGCUCAUGUAAAUGCAGUUUUCUUGAGGCUAAGACAAUAGAGGAAAGCUUGGAGCUUGUCAGAGAUGCAUGACUCUGAUUGCUUCCAUUCAGAGUGGUUUGACAAUGAGAGUUUGAGAUUGUCUUUCAGCUACGCUGUUACUCAUGAGGCUGCUUGCUGAACUGGGAUACAAUCCUGAAUAAGGACUGCAAACAUCAGUGGACAAGUGAGCCUUUACCCUUGUUUGUAAUUUCAGGUCAAUUUUAUUUCAUGUUUCCAUGGGUACUUCUCUAUCAUGCACAUAGGUAGAACAUCAUUGGACUUUCAUACUUCAUAAUAGUGUUCACAAAAGCACUUCAUAGUUUCAUUAAUUCCCUGUUCUAUGAAGGUUACCAACACACAUUGUUUUGGUACUGAGACUACUGACAUGAAUAAACGUAUAAUCCUCUCAUCAUCAAUGAAAGCUGAUUCAGUCAGUAUCAAGAUAAUUGAUCAAUUUUGGAGUACAAUGGACUAUAUAGUAAAUAUUAUGUGUUAAUAAUUAACUGUCCUAUACUUAGCUGCUGUCAAGUAAUAGGUCUGUUGAGUGUCUUUUCCAGUCUAGAGUUGAAUAAAACACCUCUGCAAUUGUUUGAUGAGGUUUCAUAUGCUCUAAUUUUUCUCUAGGCGAGCCGCGAGUGUCUUACUAAAAAGUCUUGUAUACUGUAAUGAUUUGUAUAUUGCUUGGACAAAUUAAACUGAGUAUUAAUCUAUUAUGACUAUAAGAUUUCACUGUAAA